GCUGCGUGAAAUUCGGACACUGCCCCCUAGCGUUUCUACGCAUUUCCGGUGUGCGUUAGCCACCAUUUUGUUUUAUACCGUUCAAGGGUACAGAGUGAAGCUCAGCUGCAGACGAUAACAAUGUUCCGCUUCGGUAAAGCUGCUCUAAAUCUCAGCGGACAAGCCAGCCGCCAGGUUGCUGUGCGACAUGGUUCAUCAGGUGCAUCUCGAGAGUUCCAUGCGAAAUAUGGCUUGCCACUGCUGAUCGCUGGAGCAACAUUUUGUACUGGAAUCUGGGCCUAUGUGAUCACAUCGACCGGCAUCGCAUGGAACCUGUCUCCAGUUGGCAAGGUCCAGCCUAAGCCAUGGAGGGAGUAAUGGGAACACGGGAAUUAUCCUGAAACCUUGUGAACUUUUGCAUUUUGUUCAUGGAUAUGCUUUACACCUAAUUCCUGUUGGUCUGACGUGUCUGUAAAAAUGUAAUAAAUUAAACAUAAAUA